CAGAGGCCAGAGCGAGGCUUGACCCGCAACUCCCUGACGUCAUCGCUUGGUUUUGGGCGGUGCUGGGGGAACAUGGCGUCUCUUUGGUUAGUGACAGGUUGGUGAGUCGGAGAGUGUGACAGGAACCGGGAGGACGGAGCUGCUCCCAGCAGUGAGGGUGUGAUCUGCCGGACCUCCAGCUCUCGUAUGGAAACAGGCGAGCUGAGCAUGGAGAACAUGGAGACCUUAACGGAGCUGGGCGAUGAGCUGACCCUGGGAGAUAUUGAUGAGAUGCUUCAGUUUGUUAGUAACCAGGUUGGAGAAUUUCCUGACUUAUUUGAAGAUCAGCUAUGUUCCAGCUACCAAGGAAGUACUGGGAUGGACACCACUUUGCCCAAGACUUAUAACCAGGUCCAGCCACAGAACUUUCAGACAUCAGCGCCACAGCCUCCAGUAGUGUCUGUAAAGGCUCCUGUUCAAGCUGUUCCCCAGAGGACUGCUCCUCUCCUUCAACCACGACCAGUAGUCCAGUCCCAUCCUCAGCCUCAUUUGCAACAGCAAACAGUCAUGUUGACACCAACAUUCAGCACAGCUCCCCAAACUCGAAUAAUACAGCAGCCGCUCAUCUACCAGAAUGCUGGAACUACAAGCUUUCAGGUGCUGCAACCACAGGUUUCAAGUCUUAUGACAACUCAGCAAGUUCAGCCUGUUACCAUCCAGCAGCAGGUCCAGACGGUUCAAGCCCAGAGAGUACUAACCCAUACUGCUAAUGGAACCAUCCAAACCCUGAGCCCAGCCACACAGGGCACUAUCCAGACACUGACUCCAGCUACUGUACAGGCAAUGACACCGCAGGUUCAGCAAGUUCCUGUUUUGGUACAGCCUCAGAUUAUAAAGACAGAAUCUCUGGUACUGACUGCUCUGAAGGCGGAUGGUAGUCCAAUGAUGACUGCGGUUCAGAAUCCUUCAAUCACAACACUUGGUACGCCUCUACAGACUACCGCUCUCCAAGUACCUGUAAGUGCUGUUUCUUGGCAACCAAACCAUCAUCAGGAACUCUUGUCCAAUUAUUUGCUAGGACAGUGUCUGAGGAGGGACGACAUACAGACACUGGUAGGAGGAGGUGGAACUAUUCUGACCACGAUGCCAGUUAUGAUGGGACAUGAAAAGAUGCCUAUCAAGCAAGUGCCUGGUAUUCUCAAACAGCCAGAGGUGCCAAAGGAGGGUGAAAGGCGGACAACGCACAAUAUCAUUGAGAAGAGGUAUCGUUCCUCAAUCAAUGAUAAAAUCCUAGAACUCAAAGACUUGGUUAUGGGAACAGAUGCCAAGAUGCAUAAAUCGGGGGUUUUGAAAAAAGCAAUUGAUUACAUAAAGUACCUUCAGCAAUCAAACCAGAAACUUCGUCAGGAAAACAUGGCACUUAAGCUGGCUAAUCAAAAGAACAAAUAUUUGAAAGGGAUUGAUUUGAGCAGUUUGGUUGACACCAGCAUGGAAAUGAAGAUGGACGAAUUCAACCAAAAUAUUUUAAUGAUGUCUCCGCCAGCUUCUGACUCUGGCUCUCCUGCUGUCUUCUCCCCUUACUCUGUGGAUUCAGAACCUGGAAGCCCUCUCCUUGAUGAUGAAAAGGUUAAAGAUGAACCAGACUCUCCCACAGGAUUGGGCAUGAUGGACCGCUCAAGGAUGUUACUAUGUGCUAUGACAUUCCUUUGCUUGACUUUUAAUCCCCUCACAUCAUUGCUGCACUCGGACACUGCUGAGCACGCUGAUAGAACCAUGCAGCAUGGAACAGGUAGAACCAUGCUAGGUAUUGAAGUAUCAGGUCUAUCUGGCAGCUGGCUUGACUGGCUUAUCCCAACUCUAAUUCUUUGGUUGGUAAAUGGAGUGAUUGUCCUCAGUGUUUUCAUGAAACUGUUGAUCCAUGGGGAGCCAGUGACAAGGUUGCAUUCUCGUUCUUCGGUGAAAUUUUGGAGACACCGAAAACAAGCUGAUUUGGAUCUUGCUCGGGGAGAUUUUGGAGCUGCAGCAUUAAAUCUGCAGACUUGCCUUUGUGUACUUGGUCGAUCUCUCCCAGCUUCCCGCUUUGACCUUGCAUGCAGCCUGUCCUGGAACAUUAUACGUUGUAGUCUACAGAAAGUAAGCUUGGUACGCUGGCUACUGAAACGUACACCUGCCAAUUGUAAUAAAAGAGAAUUUCAGGAUGAAGCUGAAACCAGCGCUCGAGAUGCUGCCCUCGUUUAUCACAAGCUGCACCAACUGCAUUUAACGGGAAAAUUGCCCUCAAGUUGGCGAUGCUCAGGUCUCAACCUUUCUCUGUGUGCUGUCAAUUUAGCUGAGUGUGCAGGUGACAAAAUAUUUCCAAGUUUACUUGCAGAAAUUCACCUAACUACAGCUGUGCAGAUGAAGAUCAGCUUCUCUGGAAGGUUUUCUUUCUUGGCUGCAUAUUUUCUUGGCUGUGCACAAAGCAAUAACUCUACUGGUGAGUGUGAUUCUUUACCAGAGUCUUUGCGAUGGCUCACACACCCAAUGGGGAAACACUUCUUUAUCCACUUUAAUUGGACACUGAAGAGUGCUGCAAAGGAGCCUCUCUACAGCUCCUCAAGAAAUCCUGCUGACCCCAUUGCUCAGAUCCAUCGAACGUUUUGUGAAUCCUUGCUGGAGAAAGCAUUGUAUUCGCUUGCAAAACCAGAGAGCAGUAAAGUGUUCCAAGAAGAAGAAAGCUGCGAGUUUUCUAAAGCUCAAGAGUACUUGAAGGUUUUAAAUGUGUUUGCAGAUUCAGUUAGCAGCACCACCUCCCUCCCACUUGGAGGGUCAACCUGCAUAUUGUCUAAUCACAGUAUGGAUCCUAUAUGUCGGUGGUGGUAUGCUGUAUCCUCAAUGGCAAUUGGCUGGUUUCAGGGUGAUGAUUCUUCUGUGAAAUCUCAGUAUAUGGAUGUAGAAAGAAUUCCCAAGCUCCUGGAAGCCGAGAAUCCCUUGGUAAAAUCUGUGGUGCACAUGUGCAGAGCCAUGCAAAUGUCUGUAUUGGGAAAGACUGAUAGUUCACAAAACGCUUUCUCUCAGUGUGAGAAAGCCAGCACCUUCCUAUGGAAUAGUCUGAAUAUGAGUAGUACAUGCAAUAAUGAUCUAAAUAAGGUAAUACAGCUUCUAGUUUGUGAUCUGUUACUGUCCAUGCGAACCUCUUUAUGGCAGAAACAGGCAUCUGGGGAAACGAUUCAUGCCUCCAAAUCUGUUCUCACAGGGUUCCAGAGGGAUCUCAGCAGCCUUCGUAGGCUUGCUUUAACCUUUAAACCUGCUCAGUGCAAGUUGUUCCUACAUGAAGCUACAGUUAGACUGAUGGCUGGUGCAAGUCCUACCCGCACACACCAGCUUUUGCAACACAGCUUGCAGAAACGGCCUCCAAACAUCAGCAAGCCAGGGGAUAUGUACUCCUUACCGGGACAGAGAGAACGAGCAACUGCCAUCUUGUUGGCCUGUCGACACCUGCCUCUAUCAUUUUUAUCCUCGCCAGGACAGAGAGUAGUGAUGUUGGCUGAAGCAGCACGGACUUUGGAAAAAGUGGGCGACAGACGCUCAUACCAUGACUGUCAGCAAAUGAUGAUCAAGCUCAGUGGGGGCACAGCUAUGGCCGCCUCAUGAAAGACUCACUGUUUAAACCGCAGUCUGGCCUCAUAUUUAUCUUCUUCUUUCAGGAAUAUACAGUCUUUUUUUAUUGAUGUCUAUCAAAUGUGUGGGGAUUUGAAAACAAGAUUGAAGCUAAGAAUGAAUUCGGUGAUAUUGCAAUAUGGGCCUAUCAUCCGAACUGGAGUAAAAAGGGAUGUUAUUUAGUAUUUUUAGAUACUUUUAAUCAUGCAGGUCUUUCUACUCCUGAGAAUGACAUUGUGCAGUGAAUAUAUCUUGCAGAUUAUAUACAUUGCAAUUUUUUGUAUUUACACAUUUACAAGCAUCAUGGACCACCCCUUUUUUUUUUCUUUUAAUUUGAUUUCAGUGGGAAUUUUUAAAUUUCAGAACAGAGACACAGUAGUUGUAAUGACAUAGAGAACAUACUUGUCAAAUCAAAAGAAUGCAAAGCUGCUCCUUUCAAAAAUAUUUCUAUUUGAAAUCUGAUUUUGCUCUUUGACACUGGUGUGGUAUCCCAAAGUCUGCCCAUAGACGCUUCUACCAUUUAUUCUGUACCUUUUAUGUCUGGAACAUUUUUAAGUUCGUUUUGCAUUAAGUUGGACCAAAACUUCAUUAUUCAGUCCAGUGCUGUUUAUCAUUAUAUACUUUUAUGCUACGAUCAUUGCAGAGUGCAUGGCACAUUCAUAGCUCAAGACACCAGUGGGCUUAUUUAUUGAGGCAGUGCAAAGAGCAAUCCUGAUGUACCAAAGUCAGUAGCUCAAAUCAGGCUGAUAAAACUGGUGAAAGAGGAUUUCUGAUUGGGUGUUAUGAAUGGCUGCUCUUCACACAGCCUUACUUUUGCAUUAUUGAAUAAUCACAAAGAUGCUGUGCAGUUUAUCUACACACAAUUUUUUUCAAAGUUCAGACACUUUCCAUGUGUUUUUUUAUUUUUUAUUAAAUACUUUGAGAAGUAGCCAUGUAUGUGAUUGGGACCCAACUUUUUAUUUUUAUAAUUGUCUUCAUCUUUGCCUUUAGUAGUGUGUACUAGGCUUAAGCAAAGGAAAAACAAACCUAACACAGAAGGAGCCGCCGUACUAUCCAAUGUUAAACAGUGACCUCCCCUGCUGUGCUAUUGUGUUCUGACAGGGGGGACUGCCCAUUGGUUGAGGGCACUGAUCGGGAGCCGACUGGCAGACCUUUUUGAGUCAUGCCCCUUUAGUCAGAAGCCGGCCGAAUGGUUGGCUUCAGUCAGACCCGCUGCAGUCCACCUGGGCCGAAUGUUGGCUGGUUUCUAUUGCCGGUUUCUAUCCGACCAAUGCCGCUCGACAUUUGCCCCGUGUGUAAUAGGCUUUACUUGUGUACUUUAGUGGUGAAGUUCAACAGAAUUGCAGCUAAGCACACCAAUAUAUUUUGUUUAUUAAUGUCAUUGUUCUGCCAUGAAUUGUCUGGUGACGGCAAAAAAGAGUGAUAAGAGCAUUGUCAAGCUCUGGACUUCUGGUAGGUGUUGCAGGCACAUAGGCAAAAUCUGCUAGAUCAAACAAUAGUUAUUGUGCCUGAACCCCAUAGGCUUGAUAUUGUUGUUCACCAAUUCGCAAAAUGAAUGCACUCAUCCAUAGAUGGCUCUCCAUUUGUACUCUUUUUUUGGGACAUUUAUAGGAAAGUUAUAUGUAGAACAGGAGCACUGCACUGUAAACUGAAAUAAUUUCCAACUUGUUACUUCUAUUGAAAAUUUCUCUUCUAGGGGUUAGAAUUAUCACUGUACCAUGGGGACUUGUGCCUUUUUACUAGGUCUAAGACAUGCAUCUGUUAGAACUGAAAAUGUAAAAGAAAUGCAGAAAUCUUUGUUAUUUGACAUGAAGUCUCCUAAUAUGUUUUACCUAUUUGUACUUAACUUAUCCGUAACUUAUCAACAGUUUUAUUAUUUGUCAUCAUUUUUAGGAGAGGGACCAACAUUCGUUUCUAUUUUCGUAUUUGACAGCUGUAGUUAAUGGUUUUAUUAUAUAACUUUAUUGAUUUAGUGUUAUGUAAUUUAUAUAUUCAUUUUUACAGUUUAGCGUUUAUUUUAAACUGUGUUCAGUUUUACAACAUUCAUUGACAUUAUACUUCAGUUUUUUGGGAGUAUUGGACCGUUAUUUCUGGAGGUAUCCAUUCAUGUGCUCCCAUAACCUCCUCUGUCCCCCAUCAGCCAUGUUGCAUUGUCAUGUUCUCUUUUCAAAUAUAAGUUAUAUACCUAAACAUGAGAGAAUGCAGCAAAUUCAAUGAGAAUAUUUUCUUCUUGAAAUUUGGCAUUUAGGGUGAGUUAAAACUAGAGUCCCAUUUAUCGCAAUUAACUGGAAGCGUUCAUGUGCUACAACACACAGAAAUUACGUGAAAAUGUGCAAUAUCAUAAUGCUUGAUUCCAUAUGAUUUUCAAGUGUGUCUACUAAGCCCUUAAUGCCUGAAGUAUGUACUCUAAUAGAAAUAUAUUCGGUAUCCAAUGUAGGACAAGAUAGUUCAGUUUACGGUUUUAUCAUAAAAAAACUUUACUUCCUAAAUAUUUUCUUAAAUCAUUGGCGUGGAAAUUAAUGCAUGUACUUUAGCCUAAAUUCGCAUAAACGUGCAUUUUUCAUUGAGUUUUUGGUGCAUCAUCAUGUGCUUCUUUUGUUAGAGGAGGAGACUUUUUUUUUUUUUGUGCUUUUCUUGCACUACCAUUGUAGUCUGUAGGGCCACAAACUAUGCUACACCAAAAGUACCAGCACCUUUUCAGAAAAUUUCAUUGACGUGAAAAGGGACCAGAGUAUAAUGUGAUUUUUUUUUUUGUCGCGCAUUACAGCCCGACAGCACACACAGGUCGAAACAAAACUGGUGUGAACUGAACCUUAAAGAGAGGAAAUGCCAUUUUCUUUUGGCACAAUGAUUGUGUAAAAAAUGUCAGACUGCACACAGAACCCACAAAUUUUUAAAACGUUAAUUUUUUGGGGUUAUUUAUUUACACACCGAGCAGCAUGCCGAACAUCAGCCAUAUUUAAUUAAAGCUUGUAUUACUUAGUGGUGCCAGCCUGUGGCAGCUGGUGGUCAAUAUUUUGCAGCUCUCUAUCCACUCGUACAACCACCAACCCCAUGUGUGAUCCGUGGCUCCAGGCUCCUGAAAGAGGCUGUUGUUGCUGCUGGGACCGUGGCUUUUCCUCCUGGUUAAACUGUCUGGGAGUCCUAAGACUCUCGGCCAAUCGGGUCUCUCUUCCUGAUUGGCGAGGAGGAGAAGCAUGAAGACACUGACGGAUAUUAAUUUGCUAAUGUCACACAAGUGGGUGGGUUCGGGGUGCAGUGCUCUGAGGCGCCAGGCACAUGGAUUAGGGGGGAGCGCCCCUAAUGGACGGGCUGCCACUGGUGCUAACAGACUUGCUAUUAACUUAAAAAUGGCCAUAAAAAGGCACAGGAGAUUUUCCCUGAUUAAGGUCUUGCUCGUCUAUUGCACUGUUUUGUAAGCUGUCUGAUCAUAAUGAAUAGGCAUACUUUUACAAAUUUAGAUCCAGGCAUCAAUUGCAGUGUCACUACUGAAUCCUAGUAAACUGAACUGUCUAAAUGUAAGUCCCCAAUCGGAAAAAUUCAAUGACGCCCCCUAUCCCUGUUUCAGCUGCACUUGCCGCAAUUGGUGGUACAGUUUCAGCAUCCAGUGCAGUGAUUCUAGCGUUGGAGAACUGAUUUGAUGUUCCUUUUUGGAGAAGAUCAGAGUCAAUUAGAACUGUACUGAUUUUCCCAGCAUUUCUAGUAAAACGGGAAGGACAGCUCGGAUUUCUAACCCCAGUAUUGCUGUGUGGACAGUGAAACUGUAUCACCCACAAAGGAAAGUACAGUGGUGAGGGUGUUAACCUUUUUUUCUGACAAGGUGAACUAAUGCAUUUAGAGGUUUGAAAUAUUUUAUCAAAUCUGGGUAAAUGUUUAUGUACAACCAUAUAUACAUGUGUAGUUUUGUAUAAAUACACAGAUAUUUAUCUGACAAAUUUUUCAAGACUAAAAAUGUACAUCCACACCUCUCACAAAUGGUAUUUUAGGAAUGUGUGUCAUUCUGUAUAAUCAAACGCAAUGCGCCUUAGUGAGCUAUAUUGAAUUGAUAUACUUCUGAACAAAAAAGACCUGUAUAAUGCGUUUUUCUAAUAGUUUUUAUAUACAAAUAAUUAGCUUAUUUGUAAAUACGGCUUAUUUCUAAAUGUAUCGCCACUAUGACUGUACAUGCUGUACAAUUCUAGUAAUUUCCUCCAAAUAGAUAUAAGCAUGUGUAUAUUUUUGGAUGUAUUUAUUUUGUCUAAUUCUUAGUUUAGUAGAAUAAAUCUUUGUCUGUUAAAAGCCUUAUUAGCUUGAAAUUGCCAUUUCAGUUUGUGUGGCUGCAGGAAAAAUGAAAUACGUGCUGGCAAGCCGGUUUUCUGUUUGGGAGAAUUUGGUGACCUAUUAUUCCUGAAGUGUUCCCAACUCUACCACACCAUUACAAAGCCAAAUUAUGGUGUUUUGAUCACCCGCUGAAUUCUCCAUUAUUAGUUACCAAAUAAUUGGAGGUCAGUUGCAAGAGCAACCUAAGAAGGAUUAAAGGCAAAAUAGGGGUGUCUCAGUAUUUAUUUUGGAGUUGGCAGUUAAUGUAUCUUGGAUCGGACAAAAAUGGAUCGAUUCAGCAGGUACUAAUCGACUUCUGUGCAACUGUCCUGUCUGUUUCUCAUGCAGCUAGCACCACUGGCCAUAGCUGACAACAAUGGUCAAUGUAUUCUGAUGGUGAGGAAGUCUCCUUGCCGUCAUGAUAUUAUGACACAUAGAGUGUGUGGAUGGGGGAAUCAAGUCGUUUUUUUUUUUGUUUUUACAUUCAACUCGCUGGUUGAACAAAAAAGACUUGUCUAAUGGCUGCCUUUCUUUGAGUUCUAUUUUUCCCCCCACUCCUUUGGGGGGAAAAAUGAGAAGAAAAAAAACGAAAAACAUUCUUGCCUACUAUUCUCAUAAGAUUUAAGAACCUCGGCUUUCACAGGAUAGCAUGAAAAAGCAAAGUCAUUUGUAUGUUAGUGAAAAGUAAAGCUGUUCUCACUUUAAAUACCCAAUCAUGUAGAGGGGGAGAUUUUGUAAAAAUAUAUAUAUUUUUUUUUUAAUAGCACAUAAUUGGGUUUUUAAAAAGGAAUAUGGCUUCACCUUAUGAAUUAACAUUCAAUUUAGUAAAACCGCUUCUACUUUUGUAAAUCAACCCAUUGCAUGUCAACUACAAACGUGUGUGUAUAUUCUGCAAAAACAAAUUGGACCCAAACUACAACGUUGCUCCAAAUAUUUUGUUUCCGUGCUUUGUAUCCUGAUGUUUGCCAUUCUUUAUCUGUAAAUAAAAGGGUAAAAAAACAUGUACAAACUAUGUUUAAAAGGGCCUUUUUUUUGUUUUUUUCCCCCCAUUUGCUCAGUCUGGUUUUUAUUGUAUUCAUGUGUGUUUACUUUUAUACUUAUGUAAAUAUAUCUAUAUAAAUAUCUAUGAUUGUCAAGAAAAGAGCAGUAAAAUGUUAGAUCUGGCCAUGAAAUAUUUUCAGUGUGAAAUGCAAUGUUUUGUAAGUAGUAUCCAAAAUACACAUUUACCAAAAACUA